CGCAACGGCAUAUAAAGAACAAAAUACAGCGACGAACCAAAGAAAAUAAAUAAAAGGAUUUCGAGAGAAAGAGAGAAACUCACUUACGUUUGUGCGUGCUAGUUAAUUUGUGUUUCUUGGUUUCUCUCUUUCUCUCGCUAAAUUUUCAGAAUUGCGGUUGAUUGAGGCUGAGUUGGUUAUUUACGAUUUGAAUAGUAUAAUUUUUUUUUUUUUUUUGCUGUUCGGAGAAUUGAACGCCAGGCCAGGGUUUGAUUUGGAGGAGAUCUGAGUUUAUAGUGAAUCGAUUAUGUCAUCGAAUCACUUGCAGAAUGGACUUGAAACGGCAAAGCUGGUUUGGUCUCGUAUUCCGAACGGAGAGGACGGCGAGUCUGAAGGUAUUGGGCUCUUGAGUUCAGGCGGUGGAGGCAACGGUGUUGACAGUCUUGACUAUGAAGUUAUUGAGAAUUACGCCUAUCGAGAAGAGCAGGCGCUGAGAGGAAAGCUUUAUGUUGGAUAUUAUGUGGUGGUGAAAUGGUUCUUUGCUUUGCUCAUUGGCAUUGGUACUGCAUUUGCUGCUGUUUUCAUCAAUAUAUCUGUUGAGAACUUUGCCGGCUGGAAGUUUGCAUUAACUUUUAAUAUAAUACAAAAAUCAUAUUUUGCUGGUUUUCUGGUGUACAUAUUAAUAAACUUGGUUUUAGUCUUUUCUUCUGUAUACAUCGUCACCCAUUUUUCCCCAGCGGCAGCGGGCUCUGGCAUUCCUGAAAUUAAGGGUUAUUUAAAUGGAAUUGAUAUUCCUGGUAUUCUUCUUUUCAGAACCUUAAUUGGAAAGAUAUUUGGAAGCAUUGGUUCAGUGGGUGGUGGUCUAGCUCUAGGCAAAGAAGGCCCUCUUGUUCACACUGGUGCUUGUAUUGCUUCUUUGCUUGGACAAGGUGGAUCCACUAAAUACCAUCUAAGUUCAAGGUGGCUACAGGUUUUCAAGAGUGAUCGGGAUCGCCGUGAUCUUGUAACAUGUGGAUGUGCAGCUGGUGUUGCUGCUGCUUUUAGAGCUCCAGUUGGUGGUGUAUUAUUUGCAUUAGAAGAGGUUACAUCUUGGUGGAGGAGUCAACUUAUGUGGCGGGUCUUUUUCACUUCUGCCAUUGUGGCUGUUGUGGUCCGUACUGCAAUGGGAUGGUGUAGAAGUGGCAAGUGUGGACAUUUUGGCUCAGGCGGCUUCAUAAUAUGGGACAUAUCAGAUGGCCAAGAGGACUAUUCUUUUGAAGAGUUAUUGCCAAUGGCAGUUAUUGGGGUUAUUGGAGGUCUACUUGGAGCAAUGUUUAACCAACUUACUCUUUAUAUGACUUACUGGCGUAGAAAUUAUUUGCACAAAAAAGGGAAUCGAGUCAAGAUUAUUGAAGCAUGUCUCAUCUCCCUGAUAACCUCAACUGUCUCCUUUGGGCUACCACUUUUAAGAAAAUGUAGUCCUUGCCCUGAAGCAGAUCCUGAUUCUGGUAUUGAAUGCCCUAGACCUCCAGGAAUGUAUGGGAAUUAUGUAAAUUUCUACUGUAGCAAGGGCAAUGAAUACAAUGAUCUUGCAACUAUUUUCUUCAACACUCAGGAUGAUGCCAUAAGGAAUUUGUUUAGUGCAAAAACGAUUCAUGAGUACACCGCUCAAAGUUUGCUGACCUUUUUGGUUAUGUUUUACACCUUAGCAGUGGUGACAUUUGGUACUGCUGUUCCUGCUGGUCAGUUUGUUCCUGGAAUAAUGAUAGGAUCAACAUAUGGACGUCUUGUUGGCAUGUUUGCUGUUAAUUUUUACAAGAAACUCAACAUUGAAGAGGGAACAUAUGCUUUGCUGGGAGCCGCUUCUUUUCUUGGAGGUUCUAUGCGAAUGACAGUGUCACUUUGUGUCAUUAUGGUUGAAAUCACAAAUAAUUUGAAAUUUCUUCCCCUUAUCAUGCUUGUUCUUCUAAUAUCAAAGGCUGUUGGAGAUGCCUUUAAUGAAGGUAUAUAUGAAGAACAAGCACGGUUGAAGGGCAUUCCAUUAUUGGAAUCCAGGCCCAAGUAUCAGAUGCGGACAAUGACAGCAAAGGAAGCCUGUGGAACUCAAAAGGUUGUGUCCUUUCCUCGUGUUGUGAAGGUUGCAGAUGUAAUUUCUAUUCUGCGGAGCAACAAUCAUAAUGGCUUUCCGGUGAUUGAUCACACAAGAAGUGGAGAAACACUAGUCAUUGGACUUGUGCUUAGAAGCCACUUGCUGGUUGUUCUUCAGUCUAAGGUAGAUUUCCAGCAUAGUCCUUUGCCUUGUGAUCCCAUGGUUGGACCCAAGCAUAGGCACAAUUUCAGUGAAUUUGCUAAACCUGUAUCCAGUAAAGGAUUAUCUAUAAACGAUAUACAUCUAAGUUCAGAUGACAUGGAAAUGUACAUAGAUCUUGCUCCAUUUUUGAAUCCCUCUCCAUAUGUUGUCCCUGAAGAUAUGUCUUUGACAAAGGUAUAUAAUCUUUUCCGUCAACUUGGAUUGAGGCAUAUAUUUGUUGUCCCUCGUGCACCUCGUGUGAUUGGUUUGAUUACCAGAAAGGAUUUGCUGAUUGAGGAUGGAGAAGAUUCUUCUACAAUGGAGCUACAAUCAACUAGUGUAAGAGUUUGGCAUCAUGAUAAAAAGGGGCUCACCGGGAACACGGAUGCAGAGCGCCCACUUCUCAAUGGUCUUCUGGCUCAAAACCAUACACUGAGUUAAUGAAGAAGACAGAUUCUUUCUUCCUGCCUUUUUUUUCACCUCGAUCAUAUUCUUAGUUCAUUUAGAUAAAUCUGACUAGGUUAUACUAUUUAUUAUUGUUCAUCAAAUUUUACCCUUGCAGGGGAUGAACCACACACGAGAAAUUUUGUAUCAUGUAGUAUAUCUAAAUCCAGUAUAAAAGAGAACGUUGAUACCUUAGAAAUUUGUAAUGCUAGAAUUGUAAUAUAACGGUGAUGGUAUUGAUUGAUCAUUGAACAUCUGAUUACACAAUUCUUUCUUUUACGUUA